AGCCCGAACACCUGGACAGCGCGUCGGUCGGGGCACGGGAACGUGUUUGGAGGAGCCUCAAGCAAACAACAAAUGCUCGAGACCCGCGCCCGGUGCCCCCAGACCCGAUGGGGAGGGAGACCAGCAGAGCAGUAAUGGGACAGUUUUCGGGGGGAUGCUACCUGAGUUUUGCCGUCCUCGUGCUCCUCGGUGCCCAAGUCCCGGCCACGUUAGCGAGAGGUGCCCGAGGUGAAGCCCUGCAGCAUGGCCAGUCUGGGACACUGCCCCACUUCCUGGAGGAGCCUGGUGACGCUUACAUCGUCAAGAGUAACCCCAUCAAGCUCCGGUGUCAAGCUCGGCCCGCCCUCCAAAUCUUCUUCAAGUGCAACGGCGAAUGGGUCCACCAGAGCCAGCACCUGUCUCAGGAGCACACCGACCUGGGGACAGGGCUGAAGAUCCGCGAGGUGAUGAUCAACGUGUCACGUCAGCAGGUGGAGGAUUUUCAUGGCCCGGAGGAUUACUGGUGUCUGUGUGUCGCCUGGAGUCACCUGGGAACCUCCAAGAGCCGAAAGGCAACCGUCCGAAUCGCCUACCUGAGGAAGAACUUUGAGCAGGACCCCCAAGGCACUGAGGUGCCUCUGAAUGGCAUGAUUGUGUUGCACUGCCGUCCCCCAGAGGGAGUGCCUGUGGCUGAGGUGGAAUGGCUGAAGAACGAAGAGCCUCUAAGCUCUGAUGGCGUCAUCGACACAAGAGGCGACCACAAUCUCAUCAUCUCCGAAGCUCGCCUGUCCGAUUCGGGAAACUAUACCUGCGUCGCCAGCAACAUCGUGGCCAAAAGACGCAGUGCCACAGCCACUGUUGUAGUCUAUGUGAAUGGAGGAUGGUCGUCGUGGACAGACUGGUCUCCGUGUAAUGUACGCUGCGGUCGAGGUGUGCAGAAACGCUCUCGCACUUGCACAAAUCCAGCUCCUCUCAAUGGGGGAGCCUUUUGUGAGGGCAUGUCGGUACAGAAAAGCACCUGCAACACACUGUGUCCAGUUGAUGGCAGCUGGGGAGAGUGGAGCGAGUGGUCACUGUGUAGUUCAGACUGCGAGAGGCAGCGCAGCAGAGAGUGUACGGCUCCAGAGCCCAAACAUGGAGGACGGCUGUGUGACGGGGUGGCGCUGGCGACAGACAACUGCACGGGCGGCCUCUGCACACAGAAUCGAAAGUUGCUACAUGAUGCUAAGCCACAGGGUGUGGAGAACAGCAGCGACGUGGCCCUGUAUUCAGGCCUCGCUGCAGGGGUGGUGACAGUGGUGCUGCUGAUCAUCGCCGUCACUCUUUAUCGAAGAAGCCAGAGUGAGUACGGCGUUGAUGUCAUCGACUCCUCCGCCCUCACCGGCGGCUUCCAGUCCUUCAGCUUUAAGACUUCUCGUCAAGCGAACCCCCUGCUUAUUAAUUCAUCCAUGCAACCUGAUCUGACCGUGUCGCGUACCUACACCAGCCCCAUGUGUUUUCAGGACUCCAUUGACAAGGAGCUGAUGGCCGAGCGCUCACUCCUCGACCCGUUACCUGAUCUCAAGGUCAAAGGGGUGGCAGAAAGGGCAGAGUACCAUGUCAUGUCCCACCCUCAGACAUUUCCAAGGGGCCUUGCUCCAGACUACAGAGGAGUUGCGAUGGGGACGACGCUGGGAAGAAGAGGCAAAAACCUCUUCACUCCGCAGGUCUCGCUGACUCCCAGCAGGCCUUUCCACAAAGCAACUGCAGUGUUUGGUCAUGCUGGAGGCAGGCUGGUGGUUCCUAACACAGGUAUCAGCCUGCUGGUGCCCCAUGGGGGGAUCGCAGAAGGCACUACCUGGGAAAUGUACAUGAUCAUCAACCAGGAGGACAGCAGCACUUUGUCCGAGGACGGGCCAGAGAUCUUUUUGAGCCCUGCAGUCACGUAUGGACCACCAGGCCUGGACCUGUCCUGUCCUAUAGCCAUGACCAUAGCCCAUUGUGGGGAGGUUUCUGCUAAUAAUUGGACUAUACGGCUAAAGAGACAAAUGCAGGACAACAAGUGGGAGGAAGUGAUGUCUGUGGAUGAGGAGAGCACAUCCUGCUACUGUCUGCUGGAGGCCCAGAGGUGCCACGUGUUGCUGGAGCAUCCAGGUCGCUACGCCCUGGUGGGGGAGCCCCUGAACCAGGAGGUGGCCAAGCGGCUGAGGCUGGCUGUGUUUGGUAGUCCGGAUACCAGCAACUCUCUGGGCUUCACCCUCAGGGUUUACUGUGUGGACGACACGCCCCAUGCAUUUCAGGAGGUGGCAGUGGGCGAGCGCAGCAGGGGUGGGCGGCUGCUGGAGGAGCCUAAAGUGAUGCUGUUCAGGGGGAACACCUUCAGCCUCCAGGUGUCCAUCCAGGACGUCCCACAGUUACUCUGGAGCAUCAAGCCUUUCACCACCUGCCAGGAGUUCUCCUUUUCUCAGGUGUGGGCCAGUAACCAGCGACCCCUGCAGUGUGCCUUCUCUUUGGAGCGAUACAGCCACUCCUCGUCUCAGCUCUCCUGCAAGAUCAGCGUGCGACAGGUCAAGGGCGAGGAGCAGAUACUCCAGGUCUAUACGUCAGUGGUGGAGAAUGAAAAAGGAGUGGUUCCCUUUUUCACUCAGUCGGACUGUACCAUCACCUCUCAGACAGGGUCAAGAGCCUUUAAAAUCCCCCUGUCUAUCCGUCAGCGGAUCAGCGCCACCUUUGACACCGCUAAUGCCAAAGGGAAGGACUGGCAGCUCUUGGCUCAAAAGCUCCACAUAGACAGGAACCUGUGCUACUUUGCAUGUCAGGACAGCCCGUCCUCAGUGAUUCUGAGUCUUUGGGAAGCGCAGCACCAGGACUCGGGGGACCUGGACUCUCUGGCCAGUGCCCUAGAGGAAAUCGGAAAGGUCCAGUCCCCCAGGACGGCUACAUUUGACUGCAGCAGAGAAGAGCAGGACUCUGAAUUCACUAAGCUUGGGUAGGGCGGGUCUACAGCAGAUCAAAUCAUGACGAACCUUUACUGCAUGAACACAUGAUGAUCAGGUGUACUAGCUGACCUAUGGUGAGGAGGAGGAGGAGAUGCAGAGAGGACAGCAGGGAAACUCAGUUUUGGACUGUUAUUAAAGGAACAUCUCUGCUAAACCAAAUGGCUCAUACAGACACAGAAACAUGGGACAACAUAGAAGGAGUAUUUGUGUUCAUUGAGAGGCACCAAAAAAAAAAAAAAAAAGAAAAGAAAAGCAUUUUGGAAA